AUGGAUAUCACACGUGGCUCGAGAAGAGCUCGUCAUGUAGCUGCCACUCAUGCAAACACAAAUGCAAAUGCUCAUCCUCGUGCGCAUGCAAACACAGCCUCGAGCCCGAGACCCCCUGAAUCCGAGAUAACCUCAUCUCCAGCUCCCCGUUUUGCCGCCACUCCAAGCGGUCCUGCUACUAGGAGUAGGCCGCAGCUAAGCCAAGGAGCAUCGCCAGCUGGCGCUUCCAUGAUAACUCCUGACGGACCUCCUCUACAUCGAACACCUGAUCAGCCACCUGACAGGCAAAGGCGUCGAGCACCACCUCAAAAUCCAUUUCGUCUAUAUAGAAGAAGUAAGUUGAGUUCUUAA